AGAAGUUAGCGGCCUAGCAGAAGCAGCCAGCAUAAAGUAAAAUUUGGCACAUGGUCUAUUUUCUGCGUAGUUUGAGAGUGCAAGUUUCCUACAAGUUUGUGAAAUUAUCCGGUUGAUAAAUUUGACACAUGUGGACAGAAUUCAGUAAAAUUUCAUUCAAUAUCGCUACUUUGUAAAUACAUUUGUAUAUAUAGCAAAGAUGAGCACACAAACCCGUUCCGGAGGUGGUGGCGGUGGCCGCAAUAAGUCCAAGGUUGGCAAAGAGAACAAAGAAAAUGCUGGUGUGGAUGAACCACAACAACAGCAGUCCCUGCAGCAGCAGAAAGGCGGUGCUACAAAUAAUUCUGGAGGCGGAGAAAAGCAGAAGAAAGGCACAGAAUCAACCGGUUCCAAGGGUAGCGAUUUGAAGGACAAACAGCACCAACAGGCAACAACACACACUAUCAAGGUCAAGCAACCGACUGCCGAACAGAUUCGUAUUGCUCAAAUUACAGAUAUCAAAAGCGGUAUGGAUGAUCCGAAGAUACAGGAGAAGAUCCAGAAUUUGAUGGAGACAACGCAACGUUCUGAGGAGGAGGUCUGCUGCGCUUUGCAGGAGUGUGACAACGAUCUCGAUCGGGCGGUAAUUUUUCUUCUAGAGACGCUCCCGGUUGGAGCGUUUGCUACAACAUCUAAAAAGAAGAAGAAUAAAUCGCAGAACAAGGAGCAAAAUGAUGCAGCUCCUGCUGACGGCGAUUGGGAUAAUGCGGCAAAUGCAGGUUCUGCUUCAGGAGGUGGCGGUGGGUUAAGCGGUGAUCCAAAGGAUCGUCGUGGUAAUCGCUCCGGCAAUAAUCCACGUUCUGGCGGUGGUUCAGGAGGACCGGGAACCGGCGGGCGUGGAGGUCGUGGUAACUUCCGUGACGCAGAUCGGGGUGACAGGGAUAGAAACGGUUUCGAUCGCGGUGGACGUGGUGGUCCGCGCAAUCGAGAUGGUCGUGAUGGCGGUCCUGGUCGUGGAAGCUACAAUGGUGGAUCUCGUGGCGGACGUGGUGGUGGUCCGCGUGUUGGAACCCGUGGUCCUGGAUCACGUGAUCAAAAUAGAGGAUCCCGAAUCAGCGAUCAUCAGGAGAUCGAUGCGUGGGAUCCGGUCACCACCGCCAAUACCAAUGAUCUCAAUAAACCGGAAGAAUCUUCUGCAUUCACCGAUACGUGGGGAGAUUGGGAUAAUGAAGAGUACACAGGCUCGUUAUCUGAUACCAAAGUUUUUACACCGAGUACGCAAUCAACGUCGGUGAAUCAGCAAGUGCAGCAGCCGCAGACCCAGUCGACAAACUCACAGAUAUCAUCGCAAUCUCAGUCAACCUUACAGCCACAAUCCCAGCUCCAGCAGCCACCGUCACAACAACCGACAUUAGCAGCAACCCAACCGGCGGCGGUUUCAACGUCGGUGGCAAAUCCUGCUGAGCUAUUAGCUCCUCCAGGUCUAGAGCAACAGAUUCUAAAUCCACCACAGCCUAAAGAGACUGAUCUUGUGCAACAGUAUAGUACCACAGUUGUGUCAAGUACAGCUACGGCAGCAGCUGCCGCCAGUAAUACAGUCCAGUAUCCGGAUCUCCAUUCGACGUCUAGUGCUACAGCUCAACAUUUGCGACAGUCGCUUGAUAUUCCGCAAAUUAACCCUUCAUCAUCGCUCUCCGCAGAACAAUCACAGUAUUUCAAUACAUUAUCUUCUCAAAAUUCCUCUCUUCCGGCGAGUGUUGUGAAUUCGUUCCAACCAAGCACUGUGCAAUAUCCGACCACUUAUGGAUCGAGCAGCAGUUACAGUGAUCAAGUAUCAUCGUCCCAGCAGGCUCCGGCUGCUCGAAGGCAACGGGCGCGGGUUCCUCCGCCGUCGAAAAUACCGUCCAGUGCCGUUGAAAUGCCGGGUGAUAGUCUUAAUAACAUUGGCUAUUUGGAUGUGCAAUUUGGCGCUCUCGACUUUGGUACGGACGAUAGCUUUGAUAGUGUAUCUGCGGCGGAUAAAUUCAAUGCAAACAGUUUAGAUCAAACCACUUCGUCGACGGUACAACUAGCUUCGUCGGUGCAACCGACCCAACCAGAAGUUAGCGAGUAUCAAAGUAAAUCGAGUGUCGUUAAUAAUCUGCAGGUGAAAUCUAACCUAACCAGUGGAUUGCAAGGUACACAAAUCAUGCAAGGGCAGAGCGAUUCGCUAACGGCGUCACAAGGUGAUACUCUCUCGAGUAGUUACUCUCAGCGUAGUAAUUCCACCGUGGUUCCUUCGUCGGUUAGCACAGGUGUCAAUGUAAAUUCGAUCAACAGCAAUACAUCGACACUGGAACAAUUGACCAAGACUGAUCCCUAUAGUCAAUCCACCGCGACGAAUUCUAAUACCGGCGGAUAUCAAAACGUAUCGUAUUCUUCGUCCCAGGCGAAUAAAACUUCUUCGUAUCCUUCGUCGGCUGCGCCGCAAGGAUACAACAACUCUAGUUUCUCCAGCUCCCAGGUGUCUACCAACACAUACCCGCCGUCAUCCAAUAAUUACAGUUCUUACAAUCAAAGUGGGGUCAGUUCUUACCAGCAACCGAGCAGCAAUGUGUCGAAUAGUGUAGUACCAAAUAACAGCUCCAACAGCUCGGUUGGCGUAUCUGCUGUUAACCAGGGUAAUUCCAAUCUACCGGUAAACAACAGUAACGUUAAUAACAGCACGAAUUCCAGCUCCGGGUAUCUGUCCAGUCAAUAUCCUGUGAGUCAGACGUCCUCGGCUUUCCCUUCACAGCAAAAUUACCAGAGCAGUUCACAGAACGUGUAUGGAAACACGGGACUGACUAACAAUACCGGAUAUACGGGUAGUACAAGCAGAUCCUCCGGACAGUACGGUAACUUUAGCACUUCAAAGCUAAAAGAUACUCCCGUUUCCACCCAAUUCGAGAGUGUUGCCUCCAAUACGGUUUCGAACAACAAUCCAAGCAACAGCAGCGUUUCUAGUGCGUCAUCCUCCUUGCCGAAUAGCUCCGUGGUAUCCACGACAAGUAUGAGUUCACCAUCACUUGGUUUAACGAAUACUAAAGUGACCAAUUCCACAGCUAAAAGCAGCAGCAGCAGUAGCGGAACCGGCGUGGUUCCUAAUAUACCUAUAGUCAACCCGUACAUCCAGCCAGGUGUACCAUUCUAUCAGCAGCCGGUAUAUUCGUAUGAAGAAUUGCAGAUGCUUCAGCAGCGUAUGUCACAUGUGCCUGGAUACUACGAUAUGAACUAUCAGACGCCGACGAGUCUCGGAGCGGCCGGAGUGCGCGAUGCCAACCUCGGUUCCGUCGCGUACUCGACUAUGUCCGAUGGUCGGUUCACUCGGACCGAUAACAACUCGUCUCCUGUUAGUAACGUUCCAAGUACCAUGUCACAACAAACAGGGUCUGGUGGUCCUAUGUUGAACCUGCCAUACGCUUAUUUUUACGGCGGUAAUGUGAUGCCCGGCGGCUUCCAAUAUGGCACCCCAGCAAUAUAUCCUCAACAAAUGACGACGAACGCAACUUCGGGCGGACAGUUCCAAAAACCGGCGUACAACAGUGGCUAUGGAACUAGUGGAUACGACACACUGAGCCAAACUGGACAGGAUUACAAUAAGAAUCCAUAUCCGACAUCAGGGGUCGGACAACAAUCUAAAGGACAAACGGUCAGCAACCCACAGUCGGCAGGAGGAAGUGGCUCUGAUAUUGCGCCCUCGAUGUAUGGCAAAAGUCAUGUAGCGCUUAAUAAAGUCAAUUCGUACGAGAAACAAUCGUUUCACUCGGGCACACCGCCCCCUUAUAACAUAGCCGGAACACAGACUGCGGGUGCAACGUCCGGGCAGCCCUACGGACAGCAUCUUUAUAUUCCGACGAUACCAACACAUCAUAAUAUCAAUAUGCAUCAGGCUAUGCAUCAGAUGGACAAUAGAAGUUUUAAUAGUGGUAGUGGUGUGAUGAGGGAUUCCAACAGUAGUGGUCAAAGACCACAAUCGAACAGCCAGGGCAAGACUGCAACAAAGCAAGGCUAUUCACCGUCAACUUAUUGGACUGCGCAGAACUAACUACACUUAUGUGUCUACAUAGAACUAAACGCUAACGCUCGUGUAUUGUAUUUGAAGCGAUAUAAAGUAUGCAACAAAACAACCGGAAACGGUAAGAUAAGAAAUGGUAGCAGGUACUGGAAAUUCCGAACGCCCAUCCAAAUAUAGAGCCACACACCUAGGUAUUUGAACUCAUUCGCUGUAAACGUUGCAAAUAAUCCGUACAUUAAACGUUUGGUCAGUUGGAAAUUGAAUUGUGCGUGAGAGAGAGAGAGAAGGAAAAAGAUGAAUUAAUUCAGAAAACUAAGCGAAAAAGAGAUCAAUUUAUGAGUCAACACUGAAAUCGAAUGAAUUAAUAAUAAAACACUUUAAGCAUAUUUAAAGUAAAACAAACUCAUUAAAAAAAUAAUAUUACACGUUUUCAAACAUUCGUAAAUCAGGAACGAAAUUGGUUCAUUGCUAUAUACACAAAUACUAUCUUACAAAGGACAGCUGCAAGUGAUUUUAGUAUUUUCAUUUUUCGUUUAAUUUUUGAUGAAUGAAGAAAUCUUCUUUUAAGUCCUCUUUUUAUGUUAUUCUAAUCACUCGUGUAAACAGUAAGAAUGAUUCUACAGCAAGUGCAAGCCAAUUGAGGAGAAAAUAGUAUACAGAGACGGGCGUGUAUGGAGGCAACCAGAAAAGAAAAGAAAAAAACCCAUAAAUUAAUAAACAUGUUCUGUAAUAAUUUAAUUUAAAUGUAGAGACGAAAUUUCUAAUAUACCUGUAA